AUGGAAGUUCACGUUUCGACGCGUGCUCUCUUUGUGGCAGUUUUUCUUUUUUCACAAACUUCUGUUUCUUUGGGUCGGAAAAGCCAUACAAUAAGUCUAACUGAUGAUAACUGGCGUCAGUUAUUGGAAGGAGAAUGGAUGGUCGAAUUCAUGGCACCAUGGUGUCCAGCUUGCCAGAGUUUCAAAGAAACUUGGGAAAACUAUGCCACUUGGGCUGAAGACCUAAACAUCAAUGUAGCCGUUGUGGAUGUGACUAAUAAUCCAGGUCUCAGUGGCCGUUUCCUUGUCACCUCUUUGCCAACAAUAUUCCAUGUGAAGGAUGGUAUUUUCCGGCAGUACCAAGGUCCCCGUAUUACUGGUGAUUUAAUAAGUUUUAUUGAAGACCAACGAUGGAAUCAAGUUGCUGCUGUGAAUUACUGGCUUACACCUGAUUCCUUACUGAUGUCAGCCCUAAGCCUUUUCUUCAAAGCAGCCAUGUUUAUUCGGUCUAUGUAUUCAACAAUGACUGAAGUGUAUGGAAUUCCCGAGUGGGGAUGUUAUGUCAUCUUUGCUGUGGUUACAUUAUUAUUUGGAUUCCUAGUUGGUUUGAUCCUUGUUUGUACUGUGGACCUAUUGUUACCUGCAAGUUAUUUUGUCCCUUCCCAGCGUCCAAGGCCUGCUCCAACCCCUACAGAUCAAAUCAAAGAGGAAAUGGAAAAGGAUGAUGAGUCAGACAUCAUUGAUGACACGAAUGAUAUCAAAGGAGUUGAGACAUUACGUCAGAGGAAUCCCCAAGCUGUGGCUAGCAAAAUUUCUCAAAACGAUAAGAGAUGCCAAGAAAAGCUAAUAAAUAAAUCUUAA